UAAACUGUAUGUUGCCGCUUAAGGAUGGCGACUGCUACUGCAAGAAGACCCGUGUUGUACCUGGCCAGUGUAAUUCCUGAGAUCGCACAAACUAUAAAAAAUAUCAACCCGAACAUUGAAGUGAAAGAAGUAAAAAUCGAUGGAGAUCCAGCAGAACUCAGUGGCAUUAAGACACCCCCAGAUGUUCUUGCCUCUGCCCUGAAGGAUGCUGAGGUCUUACUCACAGAUCCCUUCAUACUUGGUCCCAUUUUGUACAGACUGCCCAGAAUGAAGUGGGUGAUGUCCACAUGGGCUGGACCUGACAAAGUAUUCCAGUUUGUAGACCAGUCAAAACCCUUCCCUGAUUUCACAUUGACAAGAUUUGCUGGGAAAUUUGGGCCCGCUAUGGCAGAAUAUGUUGUUGGCAACAUUGUGGCUAGAGAAAGACAUUUUCAAGAAAUGAGGCAGGACCAGGAGAAAUGCCAGUGGAAUUGGUCAGCCAGAGCAAACUACCGUCUUCUGUCUACUCUCUCAUUGGGAAUCCUGGGAUUGGGGGAAAUUGGAAAAGAAGUGGCCCGUGCCUGCCAAACCUUUGGAAUGACAGUGUAUGGGGUUGUGCGAGGUAUACCUGAGGAUUCCAAAAAAUCUCCUCAUGUAUCCCACUACAAACUGUUGUCAGAACUGCCAGAAGUUUUCCACAACUGUGAUUAUGUAUGUAACAUAUUACCCAGUACACCUGAGACCAGAGGUCUGCUGAAUGGAGAUGUCUUUAAACAUUGUGCUAAUAAGAAAUCAGUCUUCAUAAAUGUUGGAAGAGGAGAUGUAGUGGAUGAAGACACCAUUGUAAAUGCAAUAAGCCAAGGCUGGCUGUCAGGUGCUAUACUAGAUGUGUAUCCAGAAGAGCCUCUUCCUGCCAGCAGUAAGCUCUGGACCUGCCCUGGUGUCACACUCAGUCCACACGUUGCUGCUGUCAGUUUUGGAUGGCAGGUGGCAGAAGUGGUCUGUGAGAACUAUGAAAGAUAUGUCCAGGGACUGCCACUCAAGUAUCAAGUCAGCUGGGAGAAGGGAUACUAAAGCGUGGAGGGAGAGAAGGGAUACUUAGGUGUGGAGUGGGAGAAGGGAUACUUAAGUGUGAAGUGGGAGAAAGGAUGCAUUUUGUUUUAGACAAAAUAUUGAAAAUAUGAAGCUAGCCAGACUAAGCUUCUCUUCAUGAUUUUUAUGAAAUCAGUACAAUUGCUUGAGCACUUUUUUUACCAUAUCUUUUAUAUUGACUAAUAAAGUGACUAACCUCUAUUUAAUUUAUUUAUUAACUUAUGGACUUUCUGGUGAAUAUGCAAUUUUUAUACAAUCUGUAGUUAUUUCUCAUAUUUAAUUGCAAUGAGAUACCAAUUUUGACUCUGUGGAAAUCUAAUGGGAAGAUUUAUGGUCAGAAGUAAUGAAACAUUAACUAGAUUUUUAUCAGGUAACAACAGACAGUAUUUCUAAUUUUGAUAUUUGUAUAGACUCAACUCAGCUGUCCAAUAUUGCCUUAUAUUUUGCCAUGCCCUUUGAAAUGUAAUUGGAAUUUAAGCAUUUGCUUGUUUAUAUACAUAUAUGCUAUGCAAAUGGUCAGUGGGCAAUGCUUUAUCAAACAAAUUAUCAAAAUAUUUUUGAUGCUUUUUCAUUGUCAGCUUUAAAGGGAAAACUGCUCUUUAUUUAGGCAAGGAAGUGCCAUAAAACAAAUUUUCCUGGGGUAAACAAAAUAUUUCUGAUUUAU